GGUGCAGUUUAAACAUGGCGGGAGAUGGGGAGAUGCGGAGUUUCAUCAGGAGACUGCUGCAGGGGACCACAGACCUCAGCGCCCUCACUCACUCCGUGGUGCGCUCCGCGUACUUGGCUCACUGCGGGAAGCGAGUGCUGCCCCCCCAGGAGCGUCAGACCCUCAAGCGCAUUGUGGAGGAAGAGCUGCUGAAGAUGCAGGAGGACUCCAGUGACGACGAGCCGCUCGUUCGGAAGAUCCGGAAGCGACAGCGCACUGACAGCGACGUGGACCCCGGCGCCAGGAAGGAGCCCCCCGACAAAAAGAGCAAGCAAGACGGCAGAUCAGAAGAGGAGGAUUCUGGGAUUGAACCGUCAAGAGACAUCAAGAGACUGUCGGGAAGCUCUCCAGAAACCGCCGUGAAGACCAAAGCCGUUACAGACAGCGAGAGCGACCUGGAGGCAACCAAUCAGAAACAAGAGAAGGGGAGAGGGUCUCAGGACAACCGCAAGAUAAAGAUAGGGAGAAGCGAGCUGCCCCGGGAGAAAAAGAGCAAGAGCGAGAGUGCUGCGGCGAGACGCAAAGAGACGCCAAGCAAACCGGCUGCCAAAAGAAUACCCAAGACGCAAAAGGGGAAAAAAAGAAAAGAGACAGUCAGCGACGAUGAGACGCCGCGAAAGGGCACACCAAAAAAAGAGACAGACAGUGAAAGUGAGGAUGAGAAGCCAGUAAAGAAAAAGAGUGCACGGAAAAAAGAGACGGACAGCGAGAGUGACGAUGCCAAGCCGCUAAAGAAAAAGAGCGCUCUGAGUAAAGAGACAGACAGUGAGAGUGACGAUGACAAGCCGCUAAAGAAAAAGAGCGCUCCGAGUAAAGAGACAGACAGUGAGAGUGACGAUGACAAGCCGCUAAAGAAAAAGAGUGCUCCUAGUAAAGAGACAGACAGCGAGAGUGACGAUGACAAGCCGCUAAAGAAAAAGAGAGCGCCGAGUAAAGAGACAGACAGUGAGAGUGACGAUGACAAGCCGCUAAAGAAAAAGAGCGCGCCGAGUAAAGAGACGGACAGCGAGAGUGAGGAUGACAAGCCGCUAAAGAAAAAGAGCGCUCCUAGUAAAGAGACGGACAGCGAGAGUGAGGAUGAAAAGUCGCUAAAGAAGAAAAGUGCAAGGAAAAAGGAGACAGUCAGUGAGAACAAUCAGCUGCCAAAGAAAAAGAGCGCUCCAAAUAAAGAGACGGACAGCGAGAGUGAGGAUGACAAGCCGCUAAAGAAAAAGAGCACGCCGAGUAAAGAGACGGACAGCGAGAGUGAGGAUGACAAGCCGCUAAAGAAAAAGAGCACUCAGAGUAAAGAGACAGACAGCGAGAGUGACGAUGAUAAGCCACUAAAGAAAAAGAGUGCUCCUAGUAAAGAGACGGACAGCGAGAGUGAGGAUGACAAGCCGCAAAAGAAAAAGAGCGCUCUGAGUAAAGAGACAGACAGCGAGAGUGAGGAUGACAAGCCGCUAAAGAAAAAGAGCACUCAGAGUAAAGAGACAGACAGCGAGAGUGACGAUGAUAAGCCACUAAAGAAAAAGAGCGCUCCGAGUAAAGAGACGGACAGCGAGAGUGACGAUGACAAGCCGCUAAAGAAAAAGAGAGCGCCGAGUAAAGAGACGGGCGGUAAGCGGAAGGCAGGAGUCACAAAAAAGAAUUCCACAGACAAAGAGAAAACCAAUCAUGGAAGAUCUCGGGGUCAAGAAAAGAAAAGAGCGCAAGAAACGGACGGCGAGAGCGAAGAGGUGGAGAAAAGAUCUCGCGAGGGGACAUCGGACAGCGAGAGCGAUGGAGAGAGCGGCACGAAGGAGGCCAAGGGGAAAAAGACAGACGGGGAGAGCGAGCAGGAAGAUGAGAGCGCUGACCAGACGAAGAAGGCUGGAGAGAGCGACUCGUCCGAGGGCUCCGAGGAUAAGGGCCACAGCAGCAAGAAGCAGGACAAGGGCUCUUCGAAGGAGGAGCAUCCGUCAGUGGUCCGCUUGAAGCGUUACAUCCACACGUGCGGAGCGCGCAGGAACUACAAGAAGCUGCUGCUGGGCUGCCGCUCCGUCAAGGCCAUGGUGCAGCUUCUGAAGAAUGAGUUGGAGGAGCUGGGGGUCAAAGGGAAGCCGACUCUGGAGAAGUGCCGGGUCGUGCGGCUGAAGAGGGAGGAGGCGGCGGAGCUGGCGGAGUUGGAUACGAGUAACAUCAUUACCACAGCGGGUCGCCCUCGGCGACGUUCAACUUGGAACCCCUACCAGCCGUCCCCGACCCGCGACCCGUCGCCCACCAGGUACCGGAAAGACCUGGCCUCCGACUCCGAUGAGGAGGGGGCCCCGCCGCGCAAGAAGAGGCCCGUGGACUGGUCCUGCCUGCAGGGCAUCAUCAGCGACGACGGGGACAGCGACUGAGCCCGCCCCCUAUGUUUACCCCGCCCUCUCCGCACGCCCCGCCCCCUCUUUCUGUGUUUUGUACGAAAUGCACUUUUUUUUUUUAUCCGUUCUUUUUAAUGUCGUUUUGUAAAUAAAUGUUACCGUUUUCUCGUAAA